CUGCAUUCAUUCCUCCUCUGACGCCAUCCAGGAAGAACAGCUCUCACUUCUACGAAGUUUGUCAGGUAGCUUAGCUAAUGGAGUCGAUAGCUAAAAGUAAACACAAGUGGCCUUAGAAUGUUAUAACGUCUUACCCGUUGAUAUACAUAAGCCCUCUGAGAUGGAUGACAUCAAUUUACACUACAGAUUCCUGAACUGGCGGCGCAGGAUCAGAGAAAUCAGGGAAGUCCGCGCUGUUCAUUAUCAAGAGCGAUGCAAACGAAUAUUGAAGAAUGGAGACACGCUAAGUUACCAAGGGAACUCUGAUAAAGUUGGCUGCUACGUGGCUCCACGCCCCUUAUCAAAAGGAAACUGUUACUUCGAGGUAACCAUUAUGGAUACUGGAGUGAGAGGGACAAUUGCUGUCGGGCUGGUUCCUCACUAUUACAAACUUGACCAUCAGCCCGGCUGGCUUCCGAACUCAAUUGCUUACCAUGCUGAUGAUGGGAAGCUGUAUAAUGGCAACUCUGUCGGUCAGCAAUUCGGUCCUAAAUGUAACCGGGGUGACCGAAUCGGUUGCGGUAUCUAUGCAGACUCUUUCGAUGCCGGACUAGUCACUGUGUUCUUCACAAAGAAUGGCAAGGAGGUGGGGUCAGUGGUAGUGCCGGUGGUUCCAGAUGGGCUUUUCCCUGCCAUUGGCAUGCACUCCCUCGGCGAGGAGGUACGGUUGGACCUGCAGGCGGAAUGGGGUUCAGAGGAGGAGGACAGCGUCAUGAUGGUGGACAGCCAUGAGGACGAAUGGGCACGCCUGUAUGAUGUCAGAGUCAGUGGCACGCUUCUGGAAUAUGUUGGGAAAGGGAAGAGUAUCAUGGACGUGGGUCUGGCUCAGGCCCGGCAGCCCCUCACAACACGAAGUCACUACUUUGAAGUGGAGAUUGUGGAUUCUGGAGAGAAGUGCUACAUUGCCCUGGGCCUGGCAAGAAGAGAUUACCCAAAGAACAGGCAUCCAGGCUGGAGUCGAGGUUCUGUUGCAUAUCACGCAGAUGAUGGGAAGAUUUUCCAUGGAAGUGGAGUUGGUGACCAGUUUGGCCCUCGCUGUUUCGAAGGGGACAUCAUGGGCUGUGGAAUUAUGUUUCCUCGUGACUACGUGCUGGACUAUGAAGAUGAAAUUGACGACUGGGAUGCUGUUGAUGUACGACAAAAGCAGGGACGUGUCGAAAACCUACUGUAUUUGAAUGAUGAAGAUGAGGAAGAGGGAGAUGACCCAGAACAAGAACACGAGGGCCGGAAGGUUAUGGUGUUCUUCACCCGGAACGGCAAGAUUAUCGGGAGGAGGGAGGUGGUGGUCCCGGCCGGAGGGUUCUACCCCACUAUCGGGAUGCUCAGCAGCGGGGAAAAGGUGAAGGUGGACCUCCAUCCACUCAGCGGAUAAUAAACGAGGACCUUCGCACUGCUGUCAGCCAGACUCACCCACAAAAGGAUGGAAAAGAGCUAAAAACUUAUGCUGUCAUUUUUUUUUUUUUUUUUUUUUUUUAUGUCAGAAAGCACUUCAAAAAAAGUUUAACACGUUCACUCCAGUGCAUGUCUCACAGUAGAACAUAUCCACAGCUUUCACCUCAGCUUAAAAUGGUUUACUGUGAAUCCACAAAGAGGGAUUUAAAUGUUUAAUAUCGGGUUUAAAUGGUCACCGAAAUAAUAUUGUACGAAGAUGCAUUUAGUUUAUUAAAAAUUAUAUAUUUUUAAUGUACAUGUAUAUAUGUAAAUUUAUGUAUUGGCUGCUAUACAAACAUUUAUUUAGCUAAAUCAAUCAUGAAUAUUAAUAAACACCCUAGAGAAAGUUAAAGAUACGGUAUGAGGGUGUUGAUAAUUAUUAAUAACAAUAUUAAUAUUAUAUUAUUGUUCAAAUUAACUUCAGGUUUCCUCAAGCACUCCCUCUCACACAUGACUUGUGAAGGUGAUGAUAGCAUAUUAUGGUCGUUUUUCUUAUUUUGAUUCAUUCUGAAUGUCAUAUUUAAUCAAGUGCCAUUUUUCGCUAUUAUUUCUGUCUGAAAAUGAGCGGUUGAGGGGAAUGUGCUUGCCAGUAAAUGGCAUGAAGUAAUUGCUAAUUGAGUUGUAUUGUCUCUUGUUGUAUAUCUUACACUGUCAUCAGGAAACGCCAUUCAGCAGCUCCAGACCAGAGAGAACUAGACUGGAAAACAACACUGAAUCGGCCACUUCAUGUUUAUGUAUGUCUAUGAAUGCAUCAUUACAAACCAAUUGAAGUUCAUUUAGCCUUCAUUCUGUAAAUGUAGAAUUUUACUUCAGUUCGUGGACGUUUUAUCAAAUAUUUCAGGGCAGACGCCACUUUGGAGUCAAGUCUAAAAACAUGGAGCUGUUUAUUCAGGCAUUGUCCACUGUAAUGUGAACUCGACCGGUUCACAAAUGCCACAAGCACUUUAGAGAUGCCUCAACUUAAGCUGAUAGUCCAAUUGGUGAGCGGCCAUGAUGCCGCCCUCCAGACUUCUGAACUGAUGCCAUUUUGCACACCUCGCUGUUGCAAUAAUGCGCUUCCUCUUCUGUUCUGUUACAUAUCACUUAUGGAACAAAACGCUUUCAUAUUACAUACUUUGCCAAAUUUAAUAUCUAAUUUUGUCCCUUUUCAGUAUGGGUUUUCCUUCAUGUUUUAUAUAAAUGGAAUCUUUCAGUGAUAUUAAACUUUUCUCUAUAUUGCCCUAAUUUAGGUGCUUCGGUUUCUUAAGUUGCAUCCUACAGUAUACUAGCCCAAUGUCAGGACUAUGUUUGCUUAUUGCUCUGUUUAUAAAUAAGUGAUUUGGUGUUCAUUGGCUGCUGGAAAUGGAAGGUCAUGAUGAGUGCAUUGCAUUGUGGGACACAGUACCCAGUGCAGUGUGCACAUUUUGCCAUUUUUAGGAGUAUUCUAUGCAUAAAUGUUAAUGCUAUGCACAGUAUACAAUAUACUGCAGAAAUGGGAAGAGUAGUAUGCUAUUCUGAAUAUAGCCAUAGUCAUAUUUGACACAUGGAUUUUCAAAGGACAUUCAUCAUUGAAAAAAAGGAGCUUUGAUUUAUUAAUGGUUUAUAACACCCUGCAUGUUUAUCAAAGAUUCUGCUACUUUUUCAUUUUUAUUUUAAAGAUAUUCAGUGUGAAUCAUGAGGUUAAUUAGAAAAAUUGUCACUCUAAAGAAAGGAAUGGAAAUCAAUCAACUAAAGCUCUUCCAUUUGGUGGUGAAAUGAAUAUUCCAGAUCAUAUCAUUUAACAUAAAGAAUUGCUUGUGUUCCAGACAUAAAUUGACAGCACAGGGAAGCCAAAACCAAAUACCUCUAUCGGUUAAGCUUAUUCAAAAAGCCAAGCGCUUGUCCUCUCCAAGAUCAUCUGAAUUCCUUGACUGGAAUGUGGUCGCUUGGCGCAUAAAUGGGUAAUAAUCGUUCUGGGUUCACAGUCUUACUAAACGGAGACUUGCGUUGAAGAUGUUGAUAUGUUGCUCUAGUUGUAGCAUGCACUCUUUUGCUAAUGUGUAUAUAAUAAAGAAAUAGUUAUUUCCACACAAA